CUCCUGCUCUCUCCUCUCUUGGCCAAGGUACUGCUGGCUCUCCACAACCUCUUUGCUGAACUCUGUGCACAUUUCCAACACAUCCUGAACAAUUUGUUUAUUAAAGCAGCGAACUCUGUAAUCCUUAACUUGUUCUUCAAGGGAGGUACCCGCUGCCACAGGGACCUUGCCUCCGCCAACACCAGAGGUACCUGCUUCUACAGGGUUUCUGUCGCCGCUCUCACUAUAGGGUCCAGUUGGUACAGGGGCGCUGACUCCGCUUUCCUCAUAUAAUCCAGAUGCUACAGAAGCCCUGGCUUCACAAUCAGAGGGCCCCGUUGAUAUACAGGUUUGGUCUCUGCUUCCACUGGUGGGUGCUGCCAUGUCCAAAGCUCCUGUGGCUACAAGGACACUGUUUCUUUUAUCAGGGAAGAGUCCAACUGUGAUCUCACCAGAGGUCUUGCUUUCACAGGGGGUCCUGGGUGCUGCAGGGUUUGUGGCUCUUUUAUCAAAGGUGGGCCCCAAUAUUACAGGAGCCCUCUCUUCACUGGGGGUCCGUGCUUCCCUCUCACCUGGGGGGCUGGUUUCCCUCUCACUGGGGGCCCCGGGUGCUGCUGGGCUCCUGGCCCCCCUGUCACGGCUAGGCUCGGUUGCUGGGCCUGCUGUUGCCUGGCCCCGGCCGCUUGUCUCGGUUUCCCCCGCUCGGGGCAGGGAGUUCCUGGGCUUCUUCUUGUGGGAGCUCCCUUCGGCCCGCGGGGGCCUGGCAGGGACAGCUCCCCCUGACCGCGUGACUCUCCGGCCAUUGUCCGCUCCGGCGGGAUAUUCCGCACUGCCAUCCUGCACCGCACCGCCGGACCCCCGCGUCCUCCGCACAGCCGACAGCCGCGGGCUGCGUUUCACGUUUGCCGCCAUUUUUGAAAUUCGAACACUCUCCCCCGGAAGCUAACACAGCACCAAACACGGCUCGGGCGGAAACACUGACCGCCAACAUUAGUUCCGGACAAAUUCAUUCCUAGUGGCUCUCCGUGACAUUCUCUGCCUGCUGGAGCGUGCACAGCCCAGAGUGCCCAGUCACCAGGACGGCUUCCAGCAUGGAGAGGGACAGGGGACUGGUAGACUGUCACUGUCAUCUGUCUGCCACAGAAUUCAGCCAUGUAAGAGUGGGUCACAUUAAUAAUAUAUAAACAGAAUUCAGCCAUGUAAGAAUGGUCACAUUAAUAAUAUAUAAACAGAAUUCAGCCAUGUAAGAGUGGGUCACAUUAAUAAUAUAUAAACAGAAUUCAGCCAUGUAAGAGUGGGUCACAUUAAUAAUAUAUAAACAGAAUUCAGCCAUGUAAGAGUGGGUCACAUUAAUAAUAUAUAAACAGAAUUCAGACAUGUAAGAGUGGGUCACAUUAAUAAUAUAUAAACAGAAUUCAGCCAUGUAAGAGUGGGUCACAUUAAUAAUAUAUAAACAGAAUUCAGCCAUGUAAGAAUGGUCACAUUAAUAAUAUAUAAACAGAAUUCAGCCCUGUAAGAGUGGGUCACAUUAAUAUAUAAACAGAAUUCAACCAUGUAAGAGUGGGUCACAUUAAUAAUAUAUAAACAGAAUUCAGCCAUGUAAGAGUGGGUCACAUUAAUAAUAUAUAAACAGAAUUCAGCCAUGUAAGAGUGGGUCACAUUAAUAAUAUAUAAACAGAAUUCAGCCAUGUAAGAAUGGUCACAUUAAUAAUAUAUCAACAGAAUUCAGCCAUGUAAGAGUGGGUCACAUUAAUAAUAUAUAAACAGAAUUCAGCCAUGUAAGAGUGGGUCACAUUAAUAAUAUAUAAACAGAAUUCAGCCAUGUAAGAAUGGUCACAUUAAUAAUAUAUAAACAGAAUUCAACCAUGUAAGAGUGGGUCACAUUAAUAAUAUAUAAACAGAAUUCAGCCAUGUAAGAAUGGGUCACAUUAAUAAUAUAUAAACAGAAUUCAACCAUGUAAGAGUGGGUCACAUUAAUAUAUAAACAGAAUUCAGCCAUGUAAGAGUGGUCACAUUAAUAAUAUAUAAACAGAAUUCAGCCAUGUAAGAGUGGGUCACAUUAAUAAUAUAUAAACAGAAUUCAGCCAUGUAAGAGUGGGUCACAUUAAUAAUAUAUAAACAACUCAGCCAUGUAAGAGUGGUCACAUUAAUAAUAUAUAAACAGAAUUCAGCCAUGUAAGAGUGGGUCACAUUAAUAAUAUAUAAACAGAAUUCAGCCAUGUAAGAGUGGGUCACAUUAAUAAUAUAUAAACAGAAUUCAGCCAUGUAAGAGUGGGUCACAUUAAUAAUAUAUAAACAACUCAGCCAUGUAAGAGUGGGUCACAUUAAUAAUAUAUAAACAGAAUUCAGCCAUGUAAGAGUGGGUCACAUUAAUUAAUAUAUAAACAGAAUUCAGCCAUGUAAGAAUGGUCACAUUAACAAUAUAUAAACAGAAUUCAGCCAUGUAAGAGUGGGUCACAUUAAUAAUAUAUAAACAGAAUUCAGCCAUGUAAGAGUGGGUCACAUUAAUAAUAUAUAAACAGAAUUCAGACAUGUAAGAGUGGGUCACAUUAAUAAUAUAUAAACAGAAUUCAGCCAUGUAAGAAUGGUCACAUUAAUAAUAUAUAAACAGAAUUCAGCCAUGUAAGAAUGGGUCACAUUAAUAAUAUAUAAACAGAAUUCAGCCAUGUAAGAAUGGUCACAUUAAUAAUAUAUAAACAGAAUUCAGCCAUGUAAGAGUGGGUCACAUUAAUAAUAUAUAAACAGAAUUCAGCCAUGUAAGAGUGGUCACAUUAAUAUAUAAACAGAAUUCAGACAUGUAAGAGUGGACACAUUAAUUAAUAUAUAAACAGAAUUCAGCCAUGUAAGAGUGGGUCACAUUAAUAAUAUAUAAACAGAAUUCAGCCAUGUAAGAGUGGUCACAUUAAUAUAUAAACAGAAUUCAGCCAUGUAAGAGUGGACACAUUAAUUAAUAUAUAAACAGAAUUCAGCCAUGUAAGAAUGGUCACAUUAGUUAAAUGGACACUAUAGUCACCCAGACCACUUCAGCUCAAUGAAGUGAUCUGGGUGCCAGGACCCUCAGGUUUUAACCCUUCACAUGUAAACAUAGCAGUUUCAGAGAAACUGCUAUGUUUACAUUGCAGGGUUAAUCCAACCUCUAGUGGCUGUCUUCCUGACAGCCGCUAGAGGCGCUUCUGCGACGCUGGAUGCAAAAUUCGCAUCCAGCGUGCAGAGCGUUAGAAUUAACAUUUUUGCACAAUUAAAACACCACUGGGAUCAAUGAGAAACCGAUGUCACAAAAACACAUAACCUCUAAUAACUUGUAAUGUUUUGUUAUUCAACUCAAGUGCCUUGUACUUUAAUAAAUUUACUGUUAUAAUGGAUGGAUAUCCCCCCUUUUUCUCCCCCAUCUCCCAGUUUUUACCCUUCCUUUCCCUUCCCUAAUACAUUGUUCUUUAUUAUUUGUAAAUUCUGCAAAAAAAAAAUUCAAUAAAAAUUAUUUGAAAAGAACGUUAGAAUGCGUGCGCGACUCUUGCCACGCAUGCGCAUUCCGCUCCACUCGGGAGCUGACGUCGGCAGGGGAGGAGAGGUAACCGGCGCUGGAUUAAGGUAAGCUGUUGAAGGGGUUAUUACCCCUUCAGCGCCAAGGGAGGGGGACCCUGAGGUUAAGGGUCCCCCAAGGAUGACAUAGUGUCAGGAAAACGGGUUUGUUUUCCUGACACUAUAGUGAUCCUUUAAUAUAUAAACAGAAUUCAGCCAUGUAAGCGUGGAGGCAGGACCAAGAUAUCAGCAGCCUUCAUGCCAUUAGACUCAUCAUUAGGUCCCUGAGUUCCCUUUGGUUGGAGCAGGUAUCUCAGAUUCAUCCACUAUGCACCCAACUGGUCCAAAAAGUUAUUUAUUGUAGCAGAGAAGUGUAGAAUGCUUUAACAUUGGGAAGUGUUCGAUUAGUGUGUAUAGUUUUGUAAUGUAUUGUAUUUAUUAUAUUAAACGGAUCAACACCAAGCUCAUCUUACAGUUAAAGAGUUACUCCAAGUACCAUGACCACCUCAUUGUUUUAAAGUGGUGAUGGUGCAUGGAAUCGGUAUGCUCAGCGAUUUGCUGUGAAACUCUGCACAUACCAAGUUUAACUCCUUGAGGUGUAACUCGACCUCCGGCAUUGUCAAUAUCAAGCGUCCUGGGCUGGCUAAUGUCAAUUCUGCACAAAUUCUUUGCAGACUCAUUAUUUAAAAAUUAAAUAAUUUUAAAAAUGUUAAUCCGGAAUUUAAAAAUAGCACAGCUUUUAUCUGAUUUUUAGCUACCGUUCGGAUUGUGCCAAGACAGCAUACAUAACAGUUUUCCUUUAAGACUAGCGCAAAAAAUUCUGUAGUUACAAUUUCCUUUUUAAAACAUUUAAUCUGUGUUGAAUGGCUUGGAUUCAUGCAUUGAACUACAGUUUUUUUGCAAGCUGUCAGUUAAGCCAUGACUGCCGUAAGCUUUUCAUUGAUCCUUUAGGUCAUUACGAACAAACGUUUAUUUAUCCACAUGCUUGUUUGACAAGUAGCUAAAAAAGGUAAUUUUUUUUCUUGCUUUGGAUAUAUUUACAGGACAUUGAUAGAGUUUUGGAAGAUGCAAAGAAGGUGGGUAAUUUUGUGACUCAGCCUACAUGGUAGAACAACUGUGAUCGUCAGAUAAUAUUCUAAAGUGCUCUGUAGUGGGUAAGAUGUCCCUUUAAAAGAAAAAUAAACUUCUUGACACCAGCUAAUUUGGAUUGUGCAGGCAUAUGGAUAAAGAAUGUAGAUUAAAGUUACGGGUUCUUGAUCCAAACCGUAAUCUUUUCAUCUGGUAUAUUCCUCACCUGUUUGACAGUUACUUAUUUUAAUGUCUCUGACUUUGAACCCUUUCUCCCGCAAAGGGGGCAUUAUCUAUAAAAGUAAUACCUUGGAUCAAGAAAGUUUAUGAGACUUUGGUUGUAAGAUGGUGUUUUAACAUAAAACAUGUCUUCUCUGAAAUCACCUAAAAGUAAACACCCUGGCCAUUAGAAAAAAAAAUCAGAUCCGUAUUUUGGGCCAAAAUAAUCAAACUAAAAACACAGUUGAUUUUGAAAAUAUAUCCAAUUUGACUAUUUUGACCUAAAAUUUGAAAUUCUUGACAAUUUUCACUUUAAUCAGUAGCCCUGCUAGUAUUUUAUCGUGUCCAUUGACCAAAUAUUUAGGAUUGUACUGUCCUUUUAAAUUCUACCAAUUUCAUUCCCAUACUAUAGCAGAGCUGCUCUCUGAAUGUUGCUACUAAGGAUAUAUGUGUCAUUUCGAACCAAUUGUUUUGAAGGAUUAUGGCUUGCUGGCCUUUUAUUACAACAUUGUUCCAUUUUGUUAACAAUGGCGUGAUUGAAUAGACCGCUUUACAGUAUAUGGAGUAGUGUGUACAGCAUUUUGUUUAAUUUGGUUUGAAUGUGUUGUAAUUUUUAUUGCCUUAUAUUUAUGUAAUAAAAACCAAAAUCACUUAUUGGGUCAUCUGUGCUUUUAAAAAAAAAAAAAAAUCUUUUUAUGUGUUAUGUUUACUGUGUGUUGGGUUUUAAUGAAUGAUUUUGUGAUGCUGCUGGCAUCCACUUUAGAGAUUGAUAACAUUUAUAUUAUGGUUUUCAGAUUGGCCUCUUUGCACUUGUUGCAGUUUCAGAAAACACAUCAGAAUUUGAAAAAUUAAUACAGCUUUCUAAACGGUAUGUUGUUAUAUGUCUGUGUGUGUGUAUAUAUAUAUUAUAUAUAUAUAUGAAACAAGGUGGCUGCAUCCACCUUAACAUGCAUAAAUGCAUGUUGCUGCUGGGGCCAAUUUAUACAAUACACAAGAUCCAGCGCUCUCACUCAUCCACUAAACAGCAACUUCAAAGCUCACAGAUUUUAUUAGUUUUUUUUUUUUUUUUAAACACCUAAUCUAGGCAAAAAUAAUGGGGUUUAAGUACAGUAUAUGAACAUACAAUGCAUAAGCCUGCCACAACGUCAAUGUACCCUAUCUUUGGCAGGUCCGACUCUAACAGCCUAAUGUCUGCUUUUAUUAGAUUAACCCACUUACUUGGGGAAAAGAUUCCAUCUGGGGCUCUCUGCAGUACAAGGCUAAACAGGGCCCAGGAAUCAGGCACCUGUGACGGAGAGGGGUGCAGAAUCAAGGAGGUGAUACAUUUAUCAGUUAUGGCUGUUAAAGUGGGUCUGCCGUUCUAAACUUACCUUGUUUCAAUCCGUUCCUCAUUUCUAAUCUGUUCUUCUAUUCUUCUUUGUCGAUCCUUUUCUCUUAAAAUAUAUAGAAGGGACUUCUUUGCAUUAUGCAUUUUCUCUCAACUUGACAAAUGGCGGUUAUACCUUUUUAAAGUUUUAUCACUUCCCUCAGCUAUUGUUAUUGAUGGCUGGGGGAAUAAGGCAUUGUCUUGCUCAUCGACUGACAAUAUAUGUGGAGGCUCCUAUGGAGGGCUUGCAGGAUCCUCCACAGACAUCAGUGCUGUACUUUAGUGCAUGUUCACGAGUACAACACUGAUGCUCCUUGCUGAUGAAGUGUCUUGAGCUAAAGAUAAAAGGUAGAACUGCCACAAGUACAGCCUCAGGUAAGUAUAUCUACAUUCUGCUGCACCUCCAGGCCACCAUACACCAAGUGGCUGUGUCACCAUCGGGGGCCUUUCCAAAAUAUGCAAAGAUUCCAUCCCAAGGUGACUUAGCUGCUUUACGUUUCUUACUAUGCAUUUCUCACACUACUUUGUUGACAGUGGUUGUUUUGUAUCUAUAUAACUAGUGAAUUGUCUGAAAUGGAAAGUGAUUUCAAAAUGUUUAAGCCAAAAUUGUCAAAGUGAAAAAGUAGCUGAGGAUUUUUCUGGCUUUGCUUUUGUGACCCAAAAUGUAAAAUUUACUUUGAACUUCCUGCAAAUCACAUGCUAGUGAAUAACCAUGGAAAAUACAUAAACAAUGACACGUCUUUUAACAUUUAUAAAGCAGUUUAUAAAGCCAAACCAAUAAAGCAAAUACACACCUAAAUGUCCCCUUUAAAUAUUGUCAGAAACAUUUAUUAAUAAUUGCCUUGGAUAUCCUGAGUGUAAUUUUGGACGUUUCUGUUGUUUAAUGCGUUUACUUUACUACUUCCAGACAUGCAGGUUUAGUCUUUCCUUGCCUUGGGGUGCAUCCAGUGCAAGGAACUGCAGAACAGCCACGCAGCGCUACUCUGAAGGUAAAACGCUAUAAUGUGUCAUUACAAAAAUUAGUGAGAUUUGUAUUUAUCUGCUAUGGAUUAAACGUAAAGUUAUCUUGAGCAAAAAGAUUCCCUCAGUAUUACCCAUGUAAUAGUGAUUCUUGAUGACGUUAAUGUCACCAUUUUCAACUAAAUUACAUUUUAUGUUGCAGGAUCUAUGUCAAAGCAUUUAUUUACUUCUUCAAAACAUGUAUUUUUUCCAGCUAUAAAAACUUGUGCUAAAUAUGUCUUUUGCUGCAGUCAGUGACAGAUUAGCUUUCAUUGUAUACAGUCAUAGCUACAGUCAAUCACUAAUCACUGCAGUUGUGGUUUUCAAAAAUCAACACAUGCAUGUGCAUUUUAAAUGCCCUUGUUAUGUGAUUUAUAUUAUGUGCCUGAAUGCAAGCUGUACAGGGAAAGAAUAUGACAUUGUAGUUUUAAAAAAGUCAACUCUUAGGGCGAAGCUAACCCCCCCUUCAGAACUGUCCCAUGUCUGCGGAGCUCUGUUGACAAGGUACAAAAAACCUACAAAGAAGGUUUUUUUCUCAAACACAAACUGCACUGGCAAUAGCCGAAGGUGUCCACAAGCGUAUGGGGCAGAAGAACAAGAAACCAGACAACUUAAGCAAGCUCUUUUGAAGGCCGCAUGGUGCGAGCGGGCCUGACAUGGCGGAUGCCCUGGAUGAUUUCUCCGACAUCUCGGAUGAUGUCCCCCUGCAAAGAACAGAGGACCUGGGAUACCAGUGAUCUCCCAGGCCCCUUCCGGAGGCAGCUCGGUCUCAACCCUGGUUAUCACAGCCAUCCUGACUAACCUCCUGGCCAACCUCCGUAAAAGCCUUUCUGCAGACAUAUCCCAAGUACGGGAAGCUGUCGGGGUUCACAGCCCGCCUAACCACAGUAGAACAAACAGUGAAAAUGCAUACUCCCCAAAUCUCAGACCUGCAGAAACAGGUGAGGGACCUCACUGCAGCUCAGACAAACUUUGACAGCCAGCUGGCAUCUCUGGAGGAUAAGAGGAGGUGGAAACACCUGAAGAUCAGGGGUAUAUCAGAAACCACUACUAUGGCAAAAAUACCACCCUUCUUACGCAGGCUGUUUAUGGCCAUACUACCCCUUAAAACAGCGAAGGGUAUCCAGCUGGACGGCAUGUUUCGCCUUCCCAAGCCUCAGUCUGCUACUACCCUAGCUAUCAGUGACCUGCUGAUUUAAAUUUCAAAACGGUCAAGACAGGGCAGCCAUCUUAAAUACCACCAGGGGAAAGACCCCAUACCACUUCGAAGAAAUGGUACUCACGUUCUGCACUGACCUCUUUAGAUCAACACUGCAGUGGAGGAAGUUGCUUAGACAUCCAGGCUAGCGUCCCAGGGCCUGAAGUAUCACUGGGGCACGCCUCGUACACUGAUAUUCCAGCACAGAAUGGUGCAGAACACAGAGUCACAGAAGCAUCAGAAAUGGAUGUAGUUUUGUCCUCCCUGGUAACCGGUCCUAACCCUCGACCCGCUACAAACAUAUGGGAUCCAGCCAACGCGGUCCCAUUCACUUCUUCAUCGCGAGGAGCAAAAGGUAUCGCUAUCACCUGACUGCAGCAAUUUUAGUGUUGGGUCUUGUGUCUCCUUUUUCUUAGUUUCACUUUUCUUUUCUUUAAUGCUUUUAUUUUGUUUUGUUUAAAAGUUGUUCAUCACUUAAGUGUUCACUCACCUUAUGUUAACCGCGACAGAGCGUCCCACAUAGGCUGAAACUGGGCAAGACGAGACCCGGUUAGCUCCCAUGAUUGUAACCAUUCCCCAGCUCCGAUCUCUUCAACCCACAUGCAAAACCUUAAAUGGAGCUGUUCCAUCCAACACUUUGCAAUACCAUACCUAGUUAUCUGUUUUUAUUGAUGUUCAUUACUGAUCAUCAGUCAUAUAACCAUCCUGCGCCCUAGCUGUCACACUCACGAGCCCUCGCCUUGAUUUAAUCUUGGGCCCACUAUCUAGGCACAGCAGAAGUCCAUAGCACGUUAGGGCAAAGGAAAACAUUUAAACUUAAUCAGGUUUCUGUUAUCAGUUAUGCACCACACCAUACACCCAUUGUAGCUCAUCCUCUUCAGCCACACUCUGCAAUCCGAGUACAGGAAUUAAAUAUCAUCCGUCUUCACUGAAUUAAAAAUGUGUUGUUGUUGUUGUUGUAGACAUUCCUAGCCAAUAUUGCUUUCUCUCUCUUAAGUAUUGUAAUUGCUAUGAUGUCAUAUUACUCUUUAAUGUUAAAGUUAAAAGAGGUCAGCGCUAAUAAUAAUAAUAAAAAACAAGUAGGCAGCUGCCUAGCAGAGGGUAACCCUCUAACUCUCUAGCUUAAGAGUAGGAAACAACAACAACAGUAGUGCAAGGGUGCGCCAAAGUGUAUCAAUGUGGACUAUGGAUAAUAAAACAAGUAUAUAAAUAAAGCAUAUAUAUGAAAUUAAUGCACAUAAAUUAGUCCAAAAUAGUUUAAAGUUGCACCCUGGCGACGAGUGUCUUUUAAGGUGCUUUUGGUGAUGGGGUGUCCUCACUGUUUAUAGUAGUCCAAUUGUUCUCGUAAUAUGGAAGACACAAAAUAAGAGACCGAUCGUAUAGACUGUGUGGGUCAAUAUAUGUGAGAAGAUAUAUAUAUAUAUAACUCACAUUUAGGAGAGCUAAAGCCAGCUCAGGUAUAACGGGCGUACAGCGGUAUGAUCCCCGCUUAUGGGAUAUAUAGGUGGUUGUCUUCUGGAGGGAAUGAUGUCCAACUCUCAGGAAAGGGAUUUAUAAAAACAGCUGAUAGUGCUCUCUGUUUAACAGGAUAUAGAAUUGUAUGAAAAUAAAAAUGUACAGGCCAACUGCACUAUGAUAACAGCGUUGGUGGUAUGAUCCCCACCUCGGAAAAGCUUGUAAGCAUGUGAUAAAAUCAAUAAGCAGCCAGGUAAAAAAGAGAAUGUGUAUAAAAAGAUAGUUGGCACAAUUAGUGACCAAAAAACCUUUAAUUAUAUAAAAUACACAAAUAAUAAAACCCCCAGCUAUGCCAACCUGUUUAUGGCAGACUGGGAGUCCAGUGCCGUUUGGGGAGGGCAUGCCUGGGAGCACAGCCUGGUCUCCUAUUUCAGAUAUAUUGAUUACUUAUUUUUUAUAUGGAAGGGCUCUGAGGACUCCCUCAAUUCUUUUAUAACCCAUCUCAACACCAACAGUAGGGGUAUCAUUUUAUCUUGUGAAUACAGUAAAGACACGAUUAACCUUUUAGAUUUAAAUAUUUUUAUUAAAGAUGGGGCAGUUCACACAAAAACUUUUUUUUUUUUUUUUUUAAAGUAUGCAACAAUACAGCAAUAGACCACACCAGCUGUCACCAUAAGCCAUGGCUUGAAAGUGCCCCCAAGAGCCAAUUCUUAGGUAUACGCAGAAACUGUUCUUACAUUGAUGAUUUUAACAAGCAAUCACUACUUUAAAAAAAACAAAAACAUUUACUGACUACUACAAACAGUGAGGACACCUCAUUACCAAAUGCACCUCAAAAGACACUCAUCGCCAGAGUGCAACUUCAAACUAUUUUGGACUAAUUUAUGUGCAUUAACUUCAUAUAUAUGCUUUAUUUAUAUACUUGUUUUAUUAUCCAUAGUCCACAUUGAUGCACUUUGGCGCAGCCUUGCACUGCUGUUGUUGUUGUUUCCUACUCUUUAAUGUUAACCUACGCACUGCAAAAAUAAAAAAUUUAAAAAAAAGUCAACUCUCACUGAGAUCAUAUAACCAUACAAAAAUAUCUACAAAUAUAAACAUAACAAAUGGGACAUAGAGUGGUAUUGUAACAUUACACCAAUGUGUAUUUAGUGAUUAGUUGAACUCACAAAAGUAUUUUUUGCUAGAGAAAUUCUUCAAUCUUUAUAAAGUCCAGUAUGUGUUAGAGACUAGAAAAAAAAGCAAAUUUAUAGAGCAGGAUUGCUAGAUAAAAGAAUACUUUUAUUCAGAUUUUACUUUCUGUAUAUUUGCCUUUUUUCUAGUCUCCAACAAGUACUGCACGUUAUAAAGAUUGAAGAAUUUCCAUACGCUGUUCUGUGUGAUAAACCUUCUAGCAAAUUACUUUUGUGAGUUCAACUAAUCACUAAAUAUACAUUGGUGUAUGUUACAAUACCACUCUGUCACAUUUUUUAUGUUUAUAUGUGUAGAUAUUUUUGCAUGAUAAUAUGUAUGAAGAUUUAGAGGAAUGUUAUUAUAUCUGCAAUACAAGGUGUAUAAGGGUAAUAUUUAUUGUUUUUUGUUUUUUAUCCAUACAUCUUUUCUCACUGCUGGUACCUUGGGUGUUUUAUUGUCUGAUUGAGAUCACGUAUGUUCUAGACAGUGACCCAACCAGCUUUGCUCAAAUGGAAAAUAUGCCGAAACAUUGUUACAGUGUUUGUAGUUACCAUGUGUAGUACUGUUUUGUAUUUAUUUUUCUCUUUAGUCUAGUAUAUUCUGUUUCUCUCAUAGGACGUAGAGGAAGCCUUGCCUCUAAUUGAACUCUAUAAAGACGAGCUGACAGCCAUUGGUGAAGUAUGGACAGAUUAAUGAUUUAUUUCUUAGAGUUUAAUGCCAUUUGUCAAUGUGAUGAGCAGUCCUCAAAGGAAUAUAUAAGCACUUGACUGAGAAUAGACAAAUAAACUCAUUGUUCUAUGACAUCGAGAUCCAUUCAUAGUUUGGCGGUGAAGGUCCCCCACGCCUCAGAUUUGUUUGACCACUCAUUAUAAGUUGAAUAGAUGGGCUCUGUUCUUUGUAUUUGUCAGUUUCACACAGUGGGAGUUUAAUGAUGAUGCCCAACUAAACAGACUUAAAUAACACUUAUUUUUUUCUACACACCAAGCUUCAUGGAUUUAAUGAGAUAGAUUGUAUUUAGACAUAAACAGAUAUAAGAAUUGAUUGUAGAUAGAAGGGUUUAUUCACCAACCAAUGAUGUAGCACUGACUCAGAGUCAGGACCAAGCUGGGUCAGGGCAGGUAGCACUGACUCAGAGUCAGGACCAAGCUGGGUCAGGGAAGUUAGCACUGACUGAGAGUCAGGAACAAGCUGGGUCAGGGAAGUUAGCACUGACUCAGAGUCAGGACCAAGCUGGGUCAGGGAAGGUAGUAGCACUGCCUCAGAGUCAGGACCAAGCUGGGUCAAGGCAGGUAGCACUGACUCAGAGUCAGGACCAAGCUGGGUCAGGGAAGGUAGCACUGACUCAGAGUCAGAACCAAGCUGGGUCAGGGAAGUUAGCACUUACUCAGAGUCAGGACCACGCUGGGUCAGCGAAGGUAGCACGGCAUAAGAAUGAGCAAGGAGAGGACAAGUGGCUCUAGAUCAAAACCGGGAAAUUGCAUGUUCAGGAACAGGCUCUGCCCUCAGAAUAGAAAAGUAAUCUCAUUGAAUGAAAAAAUGAAAGAGCUGGAUAAUAUGUGCAUGUUUUACAUUUUUUUGCAUGAAGUGUCCUUGUGGACUGAAUAUGAAUUUGCACAUGCACAGACUGGAUGUCCAAAACCAAAUAUGUAGUGGUUGUAUUUUGGAUCUUGGCCCAGCUGUGCAAAUCAAUUGCUAUCGUACUAUAUUUAUUGUUUAUUAAACCCCAAUAAAUACUGAAGAAUCCUCUAUCAUUCCUUCAAUUUUGCAGCCAAAUAGAGAGAUUGGGAACUAAACUCAGUCAGAGCACAUUGUAGCUGCUAUGGUUGUUGCCAUGACUGUUUAGUGAUGUCUUUUGCAUGGAUUGUUUCAAUGUCUUUUAUUUAGACAAAGAGGCAAACAGUUCAAUUAACUUGCUGAUUGCAAGAAUGAAUUAUGACAGUUUGUGGAUAACAAUGUUUUCAUGUCUGACAGCAGCCAAAAAUACAUGCCAUAGCUUCUAUGAAACUGUUGACAUACUUCGAUGUUUGGAAACUGUUCUUCCUUGAUAUCCCUGCUAGCCUUGUUUUUCCCUGCAGGUCGGAUUGGAUUUCACCCCGCGGAUUGCUUCCACAGAUGAUCAGAAAGAUGAACAGCGAAAAGUUUUCAUUCAGCAGAUAGAAUUGGCAAAGCGGCUAAAUUUACCACUGUGAGCUUCUUCUUGUACCAUAAGAUUGUUUAGACUUUUUGAGACAUUACUCAUCUGAUUAACAAUUGGGUAAUAGUUGUUUUUUACAUUUUGAAAUGUAUAUUUUUAGUUGGUUGACUAUACAUUAAGAAGGAAUCAGCUUAAUGUGUGUAAAUGUUAGAAGGCUGAUGCCACUGUCAGAACUUUCAGAUCAUAGAUUGCAGGCUUCAAGUUUUUUUUUGUGUUUAUCAUCAGUUUAAUUUUGUCUACAUUAAAAGUGAACCACAUGCUUGGAGGCCAUCGUGUCUUCUAGCCAGCAUUCAUAAUCACUGUCUGUGUCAGAUCGUCAAGACUCUCUCACUUCUAUGGUGCACAUACUACCUUUAAUACAUUUAAAUGCUCUUAAAGGAACACUAAAACCAUAGUCUGCUUUGGGUAGUGCCUGAAGCCCUGCGUGGAUUAGCUCAUUGCCUAAGAGUAAUUAGCUGAAGGUUCGACUCCUUACAGUGUGUGGGGGGGAAGGGGGUCCAGGGCACUCCAAGCACCAUACUACGACCAUAACAUACUGCAAUACUACAACUUGCUUCCUAAUCAAACCUUUAAAAAAACAAGCUACAAUAAAUGUAAUCUCUCAAUCAUUGUAAUUAGCGGUCUAUUUAGUUUUUUCUGUUUAUUUUACCAUUGAAUGUGCUGAUAAAUAGAUGUUGUUGCAUGAAUUUUUUAGCAAACUGUAUUACCAAAAAUAUAAAGAUUACGAAGUACAUGGUAUUCACAGUACUUAAAAUGCAUUCAACGCAGCUUUGAUUGUCAGUAAAAUUUCACAUUUGCAGUUUUAUUAUUUUCCUCCCCAGAAAUGUUCACUCUCGCUCUGCUGGAAGACCUACUAUUAAUCUUUUAAAAGAGCAAGGUAUGCCGUCUUUGAAGGUUGGUAAGGUGACUGACCUUUUUCUUUGUUUAGUGCUAUGCUUUUUUAUCAUCAAAUAAUGAUUGCUAUGUAUGUUGCUGUAGUAAAGCCACACAUUGGAUGGUAGAAUAUAUGUUUCGGAAUGUUUAACCCUGGAAAUACAUUUUGUGUACCGCAUUAAGUCAGUAUAGAUGACUCUUUUUCUAUAAUACAUUAUGUGGAUAAUGCAUGAAAACUUAAAAACGAAUAAUGAGUAAAGAAGACCUCAGGAGAGGAAAGGGUUAUUUACAAAAAGAACAACAAAAACCUAAAGAGGUUGUCAUAUCAGAUUAUAUAGAUAUUUUUUAAACGGUUUGGAUGCUUUUUUGAAUACAUUAAAUAUUUAAGAAUAUAAUUGAUAUUUCUGUGAACAGGUUGCUGAUCCAAGGCGAAAUUUGAUUGCCAUAAUGGAGUCAAGAAGGAUUGUUUUUUCCUUUUUGUGGCAUAAUUGGAAAUGGCUACAAUUGUUUGGUUUUUUUUUGCCUUCUUUUGGAUCAGCAGCAUAAAAACAUGGGUGUCAAGGUUGAACAUGAUGGACUUAAGUCUUUUGCAACCUAGCUUACAAUACGAUUCUCAUCUUUGAAGCUCCAGUAGUUUCUGAAAAUAUACAAGAUUUGCAUCUUCUGUAGUGAGUGCGCCCUAGACCAGGCAGUGGCUGAGACCUCUGUUUACAUGUGUUACCCCUGAAUCCUAAGUAUUCAUUUAAUUUAUUUUCAGGAGCUGAGAAGGUGCUGCUGCAUGCAUUUGAUGGGAAACCCUCGGUGGCCAUGGAAGGUGUUAAAGCUGGAUACUACUUCUCCAUUCCUCCCUCCAUCAUUAGAAGUGAACAGGUAAAGUUUUUAAAUCCUUACUAACCCAUAUAUAAAAAGAAUAAGUUUCCUUUAGCAGUCUAUUUCUGUGUUAUGUCACAUAACUUGUUUAAGCAUUAUCAGGUCAAACCCAGUUUCACCUUUUUCAUUGCCAUUUGAAAUACCUUGGGUUCUCUUCUUUUGCAAAUGGUAUGCCAUCAUGGAGUAAUUCUCAUUCCUGGGCUACCAUACGCUCUCAAAGGCAACAUAACCAAUCUGGCAGAUUUUAAUGUGAAAAUAAAAAUGGAAAAUCAAGCCUUAUAUUUGACCCUGUAACUUUCAAACACUAUAAAUGCUGUACAUGGGGGUACUGUUGUACUCGGGAGACUUCGCUGAACACAAAUAUUAGUGUUUGAAACAGUAAAACGUAUCACAACAAUUAUAUCAUCAGUGAAAGUGCAGUUUGUGUGUGAAAAAUGCAAAAAACUUCACUUUCGCUGGCAAUAUCAUCGCUGUGAUAGGGUUUACUGUUUGGAAACACUAAUAUUUGUGUAUAACACUGCCUCUGCUGGCCUGCCUUCUACCCGUAGAGCAUCCUGCUGCCAUCUCUUCCCCAGGUAAACGACGCACGUGCCAAGCACUGAUCUAAAAGAAAAAAAAAACGUGAUUCAUCAGACCAUUCAACCUUCUUCUAUGGUCCAGCUCUAACGCUCAUGUCCCGAUUGAAGGCACCUUUGGUAAGGGACAGGGGUCAUUAUAAAAACUCUGACCAGUCUACAGCUACACAGCCCCGUACACAACAAACUGUGAUGCACUGUGUGCUCUGAUACCUUUCUAUCUAUUAAGUUUUUAGCAAUUAGAGUUACAGUAGCUCUUGGGCUCCCAUCACCCUGAAGCCAUUUUACUGGUUGUUUUUCCUUGCACCACUUUUGGUAGGUACUAACCACUCCAUACCAGGAACACCCCACAAAACUUGCCGUUUUGGCUUUGGAGAUGCUGUUACCCAGUCGUCUAGCAUUACUGUAUAGUCCUUGUCAAGGUCACUCAGGUCUUGUCGCUUGCACAUUUUCCCAGCUUCCAAAACAUGAAAUUAAAGAACUGACUGUUCACUUGCUGCCUAACAUAUCCCACCACUUGACAGCUGCCAUUGUAAUGAUAUAAUCAAUGUUAUUUACUGCACCUGUCAGUGGUUUUAAUGUGGCUGAUCAGUGUAUAUGCCAUAUACUUUUAUAAAUUGCAAGUUGUAACAUGCUGGCUUUUUAUUUAAUGAUGGGACCUGGUUCGCUAUAUGACACAGUAAAGAGAAUUACGAUUGCUAUCUUUGUGCACAAUGCAAUCAUUUAUUUGAGAGUUCAACAACAACAAAAAAAUCUUAAUUUUGGUUUUGAUUAAAUUAAAUUAAAUUCAUGUUUGUUUUUUUACAAAUCUAUCUAGAGAUAAGUGGUAUCUUCAGGAAAACUGUAUUUGCCAUAAACUACUGAGCAGAUAAUUGUUUUAUUUUAUUUGGGAGGAUUAGAUAAUUAUUUUGUUUUAAUACUCUACCUUUAUAGUGCAUGUUGAUAGAUGCUCUUAGUGUCCUAAUUAAACAACAAAGUGUCAUUUUAAUGUAAAGUAUUGGGUUGAAAUUUUGCUUGUGUUCAUAUCACUCAUUUCUCAGUGACAGCUUAGAAUAUUUAUACUAUUUUAAUCUCUUUAUACUUUGCUUUAAGAAGCAGAAACUGGUGAAACAGCUGCCUCUAGAGAACAUAUGUUUAGAAACAGACUCUCCAGCUCUUGGUCCAGAAAAACAGGUAUUCACAGCUCUAACUAUUAACAACUGGAAAAAGGCUUAUAAACAAUGAUUACGCAUUUACACACUAAACUGAAUAUUGGAUGACAAGUCCCCUUCACAGCCGUAUACCUCUAAUCUAUGCACUGUAUACCUCUAAUCUAUGCGGUGUAUACCUCUAUUCUAUGCAGUGUAUAACUCUAAUCUAUGCCAUGUAAACCUCUAUUCUGUGUGGUGUAUAUAUCUAUUCUGUGCGGUGUAUACCUCUAAUCUAUGCGGUGUAUACCUCUAAUCAAUGCGGUGUAUACCUCUAUUCUGUGCGGUGUAUACCUCUAUUCUGUGCGGUGUAUACCUCUAUUCUGUGUGGUGUAUGCCUCUAAUCUAUGCGGUGUAUGCCUCUAAUCUAUGCAGUGUUUCCCUUUAUUCUAUGCGGUGUAUGCCUCUAAUCUAUGCGGUGUAUGCCUCUAAUCUAUGCAGUGUAUGCCUCUAAUCUAUGCGGUGUAUGCCUCUAUUCCAUGCAGUGUAUACCUCUAUUCUAUGCGGUGUAUACCUCUAAUCUGUGCGGUGUAUACCACUAAUCUGUGCAGUGUAUACCUCUAUUCUGUGCGGUGUAUACCUCUAUUCUGUGCAGUGUAUGCCUCUAAUCUAUGCGGUGUAUACCUCUAAUCAAUGCGGUGUAUACCUCUAUUCUGUGCGGUAUAUACCUCUAUUCUGUGUGGUGUAUGCCUCUAAUCUAUGCGGUGUAUGCCUCUAAUCUAUGCAGUGUUUCCCUCUAAUCUAUGCAGUGUAUGCCUCUAAUCUAUGCGGUGUAUGCCUCUAUUCUAUGCAGUGUAUACCUCUAUUCUAUGCGGUGUAUACCUCUAAUCUGUGCGGUGUAUACCACUAAUCUGUGCAGUGUAUACCUCUAUUCUGUGUGGUGUAUACCUCUAUUCUGUGCAGUGUAUGCCUCUAAUCUGUGCAGUGUAUGCCUCUAAUCUGUGCAGUGUAUGCCUCUAAUCUGUGCGGUGUAUGCCUCUAAUCUGUGCGGUGUAUGCCUCCAAUCUAUGCGUCGUGUGCCUCUAAUCUAUGCAGUGUUUCCCUUUAUUCUAUGCGGUGUAUGCCUCUAAUCUAUGCAGUGUAUGCCUCUAAUCCAUGCGGUGUAUAUCUCUAUUCUAUGCGGUGUAUAUCUCUAUUCUAUGCGGUGUAUAUCUCUAUUCUAUGCUGUGUAUACCUCUAUUCUAUGCGGUGUAUACCUCUAAUCCAUGCUGUGUAUGCCUCUUAUCUAUGCGGUGUAUACCUCUAUUCUAUGCGGUGUAUACCUCUAAUCCAUGCGGUGUAUGCCUCUAAUCCAUGCGGUGUAUAUCUCUAUUCUAUGCGGUGUAUAUCUCUAUUCUAUGCGGUGUAUGCCUCUAUUCUAUGCAGUGUAUACCUCUAUUCUAUGCGGUGUAUACCUCUAAUCUGUGCGGUGUAUACCACUAAUCUGUGCAGUGUAUACCUCUAUUCUGUGCGGUGUAUACCUCUAUUCUGUGCAGUGUAUGCCUCUAAUCUGUGCAGUGUAUGCCUCUAAUCUGUGCAGUGUAUGCCUCUAAUCUGUGCGGUGUAUGCCUCUAAUCUGUGCGGUGUAUGCCUCCAAUCUAUGCGUCGUGUGCCUCUAAUCUAUGCAGUGUUUCCCUUUAUUCUAUGCGGUGUAUGCCUCUAAUCUAUGCAGUGUAUGCCUCUAAUCCAUGCGGUGUAUAUCUCUAUUCUAUGCGGUGUAUAUCUCUAUUCUAUGCUGUGUAUACCUCUAAUCCAUGCUGUGUAUGCCUCUUAUCUAUGCGGUGUAUACCUCUAUUUUAUGCGUUGUAUACCUCUAUUCUAGGCAGUGUAUACCUCUAAUCUAUGCAAAAUUAGAAGCAAAAUAUAUAGAUUGAAAGAUGUCUUUACUUACCUGAAGAUUGACUGCUCCUCACCCAGCAUGUCGCAGCUGGCACACCUCUAAAAUUAUUAUUAUCAUUUUUAUUUAGCAUUUAUAUAGCACCAACAUAUUCUGCAGCGCUUUACAGUCAUAAAAUGGGGAUAUUUAAUUACAAGUAAUUGACAUAUAGAAUAUAACGUAGACAAGCACGAAGGCCAAGCUCAAACUAGUGGUAAAGAAUACAAAGCAUGACAGAAGGCAGGACGGAUUGAUGGAUACGGUGGUUGUGUCGAAAUAAGCUAAUAAAAGUGGCGUGUGGAAGGAGAGAGAGGGAGCUGGGCUAUGGAAGUAAGGGGAACUGAGGAGGGCAAUUGUAAUAAAAGAAGUAUCAUCCAGGAACGUAGUAGGAUGAUAAUAGUAAAGACUUGUGUGUUCGGUGACUUCUUAAAGAACUGGAGGCUAGGGGACAGUCUGAUUGUACGAGGUAGGGAGUUAAAUAGAAAUGGGACAGCGCUUGGAAAACUCCUGUAGAUGAGAGUUAGCGGUGUGGAAAGAAGCAUAUGACAGCGGAGCGGAGGGAAAGAGAAUGGAUGUAUUUGUUGAGAAAAGGAGACGUGUAGGGAAGAGUGGAAUUAUUGAGGGCUUUGCAAGUUAGUGUUAGCAAUUUGAAUUGGAUAUUUGAAGGAUACAAGAAGCAAAUUUGAAGAAUGGCAAAGGGGUGAGGUGUGAGAGUAGCGGGCAGUCAGGAAGAUGAGCCUGAAUACAUUUUAGACUAAAGAGGGGCAAUGCCAGCAUUUGGAAGGCAGAUGGGUCGUGAGUUGCAAUAGUCAAGUCAGUAAAUGAUGAGCACAUAACCAAAUACCUUAGUUGUAUUUUAAGUUGGAAAAUGGCAAACGUGAACUCCAAUGCACAAGCUUGGGGAGCUGGGGGUAACAGAUGUCCCAUUGACGUGUAGGGAGAUAGAUGAAGGUGGACUAUUUGAUGGGGGAAAGAUGACAAAUUCAGUUUUAGAAAGAUUAUGUUUUGAGAAAACAGGAAGCCAUCCUGUUAGCGAUGGAAGAGAGGCAGUUUGUGACACAUUCCAGGACACAGGAAAGAGGUCAGGGGAGUAGAGAUAAAUCUGAGUAUUGUCAGCAUAUAGAUGUUAUGGAAAGCAAAAAGUGUUAUUAUUAUUUAUAAAGUGCAAAGACUAACAGGGUCAAAAAAUGCAUGGUGUAAUAUUUUUUUAUGAAAUCAUAGAUGCUGAGUAGACAGCCAUGUUGAAAGUACCUUCAUUGUACAAAAAGUACCAGAUUGCUAUAUAUUUAACCGCACACUUUAUCAUAUUAUGUUGUACCACAGUGGUGUAAUCCGAUUAGCAUUUCAGAAUGAACAUCUACUGCAUCUCAAAGCAGAAGUAGCAGAUCAUAUAGAAGUCACCUUGCUACACGGUACUGACUUGGGGAAUUAUUCUCUUGACAGUUAUUUGUUCUGAGUAACUACUUUGCAAAAUUUAGACCAAACUAGCUAAACUGAAAACAAAAAUGCAGAUUAUUUUUGUUCCUCAUGGCCACAUACCCAUGGCUUGGUAUGUCAGCAGUGAUUUGGAAGGGCUUGCAUGUGCUGUUCCCCUUUGCAAGAGCUUGCAAGUCCAAGGACUACCCCUUUUUGUUGUGACUGGUGCUUUACAUGACUAUGGGACAAGGGUAGUGCCCUUUAAAAAGGCAGUGUUUACACUGCUGCCUAACACCACCUCUAGUUGCAGUCACGCCAACAGCCACUAGAGGGACUUCCUGAGUUCAGCACUGCAAAGAUUUCAGGACUGAUGUUCAGCGUCUCCAGUUAAAAGCACCCCAUAGAGACACAUUUAGUCAGUGCAUCUUAAUGAGGAAAUGCUGAUUGGCUCAGCGCUUCGAUUUGCUGCUCACGCGCACUAGCCUCCCAGCUUUAAGUCAUCUGAGAUCAUAAGUAUUGAUAAUCUUGGUCAGCAGUGGCAGAGCGGCGUCGAUGAGACCAGUGGCACACAUGGGGAAAUAAAGUUGUGUAAAUUGCAUUUAUAAUUACUUCUGGAGGGGAGUGAUAGUCUAACUAGUUUUAAUAACAUUCUAGCGUGUUAUGAGCUCUGCUAUAAAGCCUUCCUUGUUAAUUUGAUUAAUUUGGUAAAUGAGAUACUGAAAUGACUGUAUCCGACUACCAUAACCACUUUAAUGAGCUGAAGCAAUUAUGGUGCCUAGUAUGUAAUUUUAGUUCUGUAAAUUUACUCAGUGGCCUAACUGCAUAAAUAAAAUCUGCGUUUCAGUAAGGCAGUAAGAGGAAGCACUAGUUGACUUGCGUUUGAUUUGUUUUGCAUUGUAAAGUAGUUCACAGACAAAUUGCUUAAUUUGUAUAAAAAUUUACAUUUAGCUUACAUUAUUGAACCCAGCUGUAAAUCAGAUGUUCAGGCAAUGCGGAUACUGUAGCUGGAGCACUAUCCACUAGGCCAGGAGUUCUCAACGUUAGUCCUCAGGACCCCCUACCAGUCCAGGGUUUAGGGAUUACCUGGGUGUCUCUAAGGUGUUUAGAAAAAGAAAAAAAAACACCUUAGAGUCUAAGGUGUUUUUUUCCCUUUUUCUAAACACCUGAGACACACCCAGGUAAUCCCCAAAUCCUGGACUGGUAGGGGGUCCUGAGGACUGGGUUGGGAACCCCUGCACUAGGCUAUCUCAAUAGCAAGUAACAUAUAAAUAGUUUAUAUUUUAUCUGGUAUAUUUGCUGGUAUCUAAGCUACAAUGACUGCACUACAAAGAAUCUCCCAGUCAUAGGCAUCAUAUUAUCAUAGGCCUUAUAUCCGUAAGUGCUUUAGGUAAAGCCAGAUUAAGUCAUUCAGAACAGGGGUUCCAAACCCAGUCCUCAAGUACCCCCUACCAGUCCAGGAUUUAGGGAUUACCCUGUUGUGUCUAAAGGUUUUUGUUUUUUUCUAAAAACACACAACUGGGUAAUCUCUAAAUCCUGGACUGUUAGGGGGUACUUGAGGACUAAGUUGGGAACCACUGAUUGAGAGCAUUUGUAUCACUCAAUUAUUCAGCAUGUCUAAAUGUAUUAAUGGCUUUUAUAUGAAAAAGGAGAACUUUAAUAAGUAAUAUUAAAGGACCACUCUAGGCACCCAGACCACUUCAGCUUAAUGAAGUGGUCUGGGUGCCAGGUCCUUCUAGGGUUAACCCAUUUUUUCAUAAACAUAGCAGUUUCAGAGAAACUGCUAUGUUUAUGAAUGGGUUAAGCCUUCCCCCAUUCCUCUAGUGGCUGUCUCAUUGACAGCCACUAGAGGCGCUUGCGUGCUUCUCACUGUGAUUUUCCCAGUGAGAGCACGCCAGCGUCCAUAGGAAAGCAUUGAGAAUGCUUUCCUAUGUGACCGGCUGAAUGCGCGCGCAGCUCUUGCCGCGCGUGCGCAUUCAGCCACGGGGCGGAUCGGAGGAGGAUCGGAGGCAGAGAGCUCCCCGCCCAGCGCUGGAAAAAGGUAAGUUUAACCCCUUUUCCCCUUUCCAGAGCUGGGCGGGAGGGGGACCCUGAGGGUGGGGGCACCCUCAGGGCACUAUAGUGCCAGGAAAACGAGUAUGUUUUCCUGGCACUAUAGUGGUCCUUUAAUUGGCAGAACCUGAUGAUCCUUUCCUUCUAACUACAAGUGCAAUUUAGGAAGGCUGUAAAUCAGGAAGAAAGGAUAUACCACUAAAGGUUAUAGAAAGUGGUUUGCUGAUCUUGAAGAGUAAGCUGGGGAUUCAAUUCAUGGUCCUUCAUAGGAAAACACAGGAAUAAAUAUAUAUAUAUAUAUAGGAUUUAUAAAAAAUAAAAAAAACAAUGAAUUUUGGACAAUUUACAAGGCAAGUGAAAAUUGAAGGCCAGAAAUCAGCUUUUUUGUAAGCUCUACUAUUUUAGACAACUGUCAUCAAGUUUUCACUUCUCAUUUAUUUUCUUAUAAUGAAACUUAACAGUUUUAUUUUUAAAUUAUGUAUAUUGAUUUUUAGAGAAAAUUUUACUUUUUUUAUCUGACUGAGUUACCAGGUUUAUACUGAACUCUUAUCUGCCGAACUGCUGUGCAACUUAAAUUGCCUCUUGCCAUUCACUGUCAUCAAUAUUGAUGAUCUGAGCCAACCCAGUGCUUUCCGAUAGUAAGGCAUUGGGAGGCUAUUGCACAUGCGCGGCAAAAUCCCAUGUUGCGCCUAUCAGCAUCUUCUCAUGGAGAUGCAUUAAUCAGUGUAUCUCAAUGGAGAACGUUCAGCUCCUCUAUGCAGAGCGUAGAUCACUGAGAUAGGAAGCACCUCUAAAAUCUGUUUGAGUGAAAAGGCAGUGUUUAGGUUGCUGAGCAUGCAGGUACAGGCUAAAGACACCAGAAGCACUACAUUAAGCUGUAGUGAUUCUGGUGAUUAUAAUGUCUUUUUAAAUCAAGGCCUUGGAUAAUUUUUACUAAAUGUUUCUUCUGCUAAAAGAUUACUCACUAUCUAGAAGUCAGUUGUUUAUAGUACAUACAGCAUCAAUAUUAUUAAAUCAAUAUUUGUUUGUCAAAUUUUUCCUUGGUUUUUUCAUGUAUUCCAGGUCCGCAAUGAACCAAAAAAUAUCCUGUUUUCUGCAGAGUACAUUGCCAAAAUCAAGGGGAUUUCAGUGGAAGAAGUUAUUGAGAUUACAACAAAAAAUGCCAUCAAAUUGUUCCCAAGGAUACUGCAUGUUCUUCACAAAUAAAGGACUUAUUUUUUCAUAAAAUCUGGGAUGGAACGCUAUUUAUUUAGAAAGAAAAUGUGAAUAUUUAAAGGAUCAAAGGGACAAAAUUUAUUUUUAUAGUGCCCUUGUCGAGUGUGCAGGCCAAUAGCAAAUCUCAAUGUUAAUUUCUUCUGGACCUCCUUCUGUUCAAAGAUUUGUUGACAGUCAUUUCACCAUGUUUCAGACAAUAGUAGCAGUACUUUAGAAUGGGAAAAAGGCUUAAGAGGACUAUCAAAGUCUAUCAAGGUUCAUAGUUGCUACUUAAGUGAGCAUUGAUUUAAAAAAAAAAACUCUUUAAACUGUAGAAGCUUUUGAUCCAAAUACAUGGAAAAAAAGAUUGAAUGAAUAUAACCCAAAAAAAGGAGGAAAAAUUAUGAAUUAUUCCAAAAUCAAAUUUUAGCUUGGAUCAACUAGCCAUUAUUAAU